AUGUUGCCUCUGGCUGGACUUAGACGCUUCCUCGCAUCAACCACCGAGAUGUCUUCCGCGCGGAAUCAACCGAAUCAAGGCUUCCCGGCCGUACCCUCGUCUCUCCACCCCAACGACAACGAGCUUCGAGACUGGCCACCCAACUACACUCCUCCUCCCAAUACCGACCCUUACUUCACACCAUAUCUCGGACUCCGAGCACGCCUAUCGCAGGUAUGGAUCAACAAGUGGACAGUCCUGCUCGUCCUCAUCAUCUGUCGCCUCAUGCUCGCCACGAAGGACCUCAACAACGACAUCGCAAAUGCCAAACAAGAAGCAUUAUCAGCAUGCACAAGUGUUGAGAAGGUCGGCAGCUCCAUGGCAUCUAUGCCUCACUACCUGUCGAGCGGAGUGAACGCUCUCGCUGCUGACGGCAUCACAAGCGCCGUGAACGGUAUGAUGAGCAUGAUCUUGAUGUCCGUCACAGCUGUCGAGGAAAUUAUCCUGUUCGUCAUCCAUAUGAUGACCUCCACUUACCUGUGCCUGAUCACCUUGGCCGUCUCAGGCAGCAUGCACGUCGCGCUCGACAUCCUCGACAAGGCGAGCGAGUUCAUGAACAAGACCAUCGAGGGCAUCACAGGCGGCAUGACCAAGGAUAUAGUAUCUUUCCAAAAGGUAUUCAAUGACUUCCUCAGCGACAUCAACAUCGGUGGUAUCUUCGGAAGCAGGACGGACCCUCCCAAGAUCGAUCUAGAUUCUGCCAUCAGCAAGCUGAAUAACAUCCAGCUCGACACUGCUGGCUUGGACGCGGAUAUCGCCAAGCUGAACGCUUCGAUACCUAGUUUCGCCCAGGUCCAGAAUUUCACCGACUCGGUGAUCAGACUCCCAUUCGAGGAGGUCAAGAAGCUCAUCAACGAGUCCUUGGUCGCGUACAAGUUCGAUAAAUCCGUCUUCCCUGUUGCUCAAAAGGAGGCUUUGACCUUCUGCAGCGACAGUCCCGCUAUCGAUAACUUUUUCGAUGGCCUCACCAAGACAGUGUCGAAGUCCAAGGUCACUGGCCUUGUCGUUCUCAUUCUCCUUGCAGUUCUGGCCUGCAUUCCGAUGGCGUACCGCGAGAUCUGGAGAUGGCGAUCGUUGCGGACAAGAGCAAACAUGCUUCAGGGGGCCGCGUUCGAUCCAAUCGACGUCGUCUACAUCGCUUCGCGGCCAUAUACCUCGACUCUCGGUGUCAAGCUCUCCUCAAAGUUCCAAUAUUCCAAGCGUCAGGUCCUCGCUCGCUGGUUUGUCGCAUACGCCACGACACUCCCAGCACUGUUCGUCCUAGCUCUUGGCGCGGCUGGCUUGUUCAGCUGUCUCUGCCAGUACACCGUCCUCAAAGUUGUUGAAAAAGAGGUUCCAGCUCUCGCCAGCGAGGUGGGUGACUUCACCGGAACCGUCGUGCUCGCUCUGAACAACGCUUCCACGGCCUGGUCUCGAGCCGCCAACCAAGUCAUCGCCGAUAACAACAAGCAGAUCAACGACGAAGUCUUUGGGUGGGUCAACAUCACCACCUCGGCCGUCAACGACACCCUCGUCGCCUUCACCGACCAGACCAUGGGGGUCCUGAACGCCACCUUCGGCGGCACCAUCCUCUACGAGCCCAUCAAGGAAGUCUUCAAUUGCCUGAUCGGCCUCAAGAUCGCCGGCAUCGAGAACGGCCUCACGUGGGUCUCGGACCACGCGCACGUCAACUUCCCGCUCUUCAGCCCGGACGUCUUCUCCCUCGGCGCAGCGGCCAGCCUCGCCUCCAACUCCCCCGACAACACGGACUCCUUCCUGUCCUCGCCCGGCAGCGCGACGGCCGACGACAUCACGGGCGCCGUCCUCAAGGUCUCGCAAAAGCUGCAGGAGGCCAUCCAGGCCGAGAUGUUCCUCUCCCUGGCGCUGGUCGGCGUCUACAUCUUCGUCGUGCUGUGCGGCCUCGGCCGCGUGAUCGUCGCCUUCCUCGGCCGCGACAAGACCCGCGCCGAAGGCGGCCCGUCGUUUCCCCCCGCCGCGGGGGGCCAUACCCGUCAGCCGCCGCCGCCUUUCCCGACUUUCGGAGCAGCAGCGCCCGAGAGCUCCAUCUAUCCGACGAGGACGACGACGCAUAGCAGCGGCGGUCAUGGCUCGUGGGGCGGGGCCGGGGGCGUGGUGGUAGUGCCGGUGCCGCGUGAUGGUGAUGAUGAUGAGAAGAUGGCCAUGGGCGCCACUGGCGGAGGAGGUCUUCGGAGGGUCGAUCGGCAGGUUAGCUACCACCACCAGGAAGAGCAACAACGACAACAGCCUGGGUACGAGAGGAAGAGCAGCUAUGGCUAUAUUAGUGGGGAGCGGGAUUGCAAGUACUGA